AUGGAUUUUACCAAUGACGAACUCUCCGAUGGCAAGCUUGUGUCCAACCAGAAAAAGGAACAAUUUGUUACUGGACUCGCAUUCAUCUUCCCAUAUCCAGGACGCAGUUCCUUCCAUUACUACCCUAGAACAAACCCUAAAGCAAUUAGAUCCAAAAACGUUUUGUACCUACCUUUUAAUUUUCUGUCCUCUGCCAUUUCCAUCGCCACUAGCGUUGCAACCAUGGUCAGCACUCAACUUAUCCUAAGUGCCAUCGUCCUUUUCGGCGUCAGCAAUACCAGUGCAGCCGCUCUACGUCCGCGUGCCUGCUCUUUUAUGUCACCGGCGGCAACUGGUGACACAUGUCAGUCAUUAGCCUCUGACUGGGGAAUCAAUCUCUGUGACGACAUCCUCAACGCCAUCGUCAAGGACCACUUCAACCACUACUUCAACGACUACUUCAAUGACUACUUCAACCACUACUUCAAUGACUACUUCAACCACUACUUCAACGACAGUAUCAAAGACUUCAAUGACUACUUCUCCUGCAAUGACUUCUCCUGCCACUCCUCCGGGACCCAGCCAAGUUACUAUGUCUGCAUCGGCGUCAAAGGAACUCCAACUACGCCGCCCAAAGAGCCCAACACGCCCAAGCCUACCCAGCCAAACGUUAACCCCAAGUGCAACAAGUGGUACAAGGUGGUCUCUGGAGACUACUGUCAAAAGAUUUCUGAUCAAUUCCAUAUUCCCCUUCAGGACUUCUAUAAAUGGAACCCAGAUGUAGGCAACGCUUGUGCUAGUCUCUGGGCUGACUAUAAUGUCUGUGUUGGAUCCGCUUAA